AUGAGGUCACGAAACAAGACGGAGAAAGAUCUGGUGAAAGGAGAGGAAGAAGCUUUCAGAAUGGAAGAGGAGGCUAUCACAUUGAAACAAGAGGAUGAUAUUACAGGGAAAGAGGAAGAUGGGAAAGAGGUUGUCAGAGUGGAAAAUGAGGAGGUAGAAGCUUUCAGAAUCAAAAAGGAUGAAGAUGCAUUGAAGAAAGAUAAUAUAGUGAAAGAAGAGGAAGAACCUUUCAGAAUCAAAAAUGAGGAAGAUGCAUUGAAGGAGGAGAAUGUAGUGAAAGAAGAGGAAGAACCUUUUGGAGUAAAAGAGGAAGAGGAGGAUAUCUCAAUAAAAGAGGAGGAAUAUGUUUUAGGAGUGAAAAAGGAGGAGGAGUCAGAAUAUCCGAUUACCAUCAGAGAGAGACAUGACGAUCCUGGAUCCUCUGGGGAGCCUCAACAACAUCCUGAUGCUGACGAGGCAGAGAAGAAUCUCUCCAGAUCAGAACACCAGAUGGACAACGCUAGCCCUUCCUCCCUCCCGGAGUCCCUGUGUCGUGCCUCUCCCGGUAGCGCCUUACUGCUGGGUAUGAAGAGGUUGUCUGUGCUGCUGGUGGACUGCAGGAAAACAACGGGGCUGAGUGGAACUGUGAGAGGAGGAGAAGAGAAGAAAGGAUCAGAUUUGACUCAUCAAAGUAAGUGCUGUAAUUUAGUUUGAAUAAAUUAAAUAGAUCUGCCCACUGGAAUCUGUUACCAGGACAACCAGCAGAGUUCUGUUUGGUGACAGGAAGAUAGACUGGUAUAUUUCCAC